AUGUUCUUCUUCUUUACCUGCGGAACGCACACCUUCACAUCCGCCCUCAAAGGCGCCGAACACAUCACACUCCAAUGCCAAAACUGCGGCAACCAAACCGGCAAAGUAAUGAAGCGCUGGGAAUGGUUCACAUUCUGCUUCAUCCCCGUUAUCCCGUUUAGCUUCAAGCCGUACAAGGAAGUCGGGUGCCACGUCUGUCACUUCUGGCAGGAUAUUGCGUAUCGCCGCGAACCCGAGUUGCAGCAGUUUGGCGGUGGGACAAAGGUGCAGGGCGGCGCUAUGCCAAUGAAUGCGUAUGGUGGACAUGGCGGACCUCCUGGUGGUGGGCCGCCGGGCUAUGGGCCGCCGCCGCAGGGAGUGCCGCAGUAUAAGUAG